AGCACUGCCUCACCCGACGGAGCUGGCACACCGGCAGACGGAGCGACACCGCAGGAUGAAACCUAUGAGGUGUAUCCCCCUCCUCCUGAUCCUCGCCCUGUGUGUGCAGAGGAGGGCGGCACAGACUACAGCUCCAGCUGCUCAGCAUACGGGUGUGUGUCCUCAAACAGAAGACAUAAAGCUGGGAAUCUGCGGCAAUGCCUGCGAUGCCGACGAAGAGUGCGCGGACAAGAUGAAGUGCUGCCCGAACAAUUGUGGGACAAAAUCCUGCACGAAGACAGUGCCCGCAGAACUUCCUUCUACUACAGAGCCACCCAAAGUAUUUGGGAAUGAAACCGCAAAAGCACCAGCCCACACCCCAAACAACCACACCGGCAAUGAAUAACGUAAGGCCACCUAUCAAUGUUAUGUGACGCAGUAACGGAGAAGGAACCUGUCGCGGACAAUGGUUAUGGGAAGAAGGGGUUAAAUGGUUUUUUUUCGACAAUAGUGAUUAAAAACUGAUGUGACUAAUGGCCUGGACUGGAUAACCCCAAACAAUGUCUCAAACGGACAUGACAUUUUUCAAUGUUCCUCAACCUGUAGAACUCUAACUGGUGACCAACUACAACUCCCAGCAUGCCCCCACAGCCAAGGGGCAUGCUGGGGGUUGUAGUUUUGACACAGCCUCUGAAUGGAAAAUACUGGUGUAAGUCUACGGAUCUCGUUGUCCAGCUGUUGCAAAACUACAACUACCGGUAUGCCCUAGUAGCAAGAAGACCGGCUUUACCUUUUAUGUCCCCCUGUAUUAAAAAAAAUAAAUUAAUAAUUU